AUCUUUCUUAAAUUUCCCCGAAUACAGACCACAAAACUUCAAUUUGUACUCAAAUUCCUACCCCCUCGAUCAGAAAAUGGCCAUUGAAGUUGCUGUCAAGGCUGCCGUUGGUGCACUCAAUGUCAUCGGAGACUGUCCUUUCACUCAGAGGGUUCUCUUAACUUUGGAGGAGAAGAAAGUUCCUUACAUAUUGCAUCUCAUCAAUUUAUCCGAUAAACCCUGUUGGUUCUUGGGAGCUAGCCCAGAAGGGAAGGUGCCGGUGGCGAAGAUUGAUCGUCAAUGGGUUCCUGAUUCUGAUGUCAUUGUGAGGAUUCUUGAGGACAAGUUUCCAAACCCUUCUCUUCUUACUCCCCCUCAAUUUUCUUCUGUAGGAUCAAAAAUAGGCCCUGCUUUUGGGAAAUUCUUGAGGAGCAAGGACCCGAAUGAUUGUUCAGAGCAGGCUUUGCUUAGAGAGCUGAAGGCAUUGGACAAGCAUCUCAUGGCUUAUGGUCCUUAUGUCGCUGGAGCGAAGGUAAGUGCUGUUGAUUUGAGUCUGGCACCGAAGUUGUACCAUCUUGAUAUUGCUCUUGCCCAUUUCAAGAACUUUCAUGUCCCCCAAAACUUAGCCUGUUUAUCUGCAUACAAAAAGUUGCUUUUCGCUCGAGAAUCGUUCGUGAAGACGAAGGCUGCCCCGGAACAUGUAAUUCUGGGUUGGGAGGCCAAGGUGAAUGCUGCAUGAUCCUGAGUAUGGGACUGAUUGCCAGUUUCUUAUGCCGCCAAUAAAACUGUGUAUAUUCAUCAGUGCCCGUGUCUAGGAAUUGCUGUGUUUCUUCUUCUGUUCAUCCGUUUACUAAUGCUCACAUCUGUUUUUCUUAUAUGUUCCGUAGUGAUUGUUCUUGUCUA